AUGUCCAUCUAUCUAUCUAUCUAUCUAUCUAUCUAUCUAUCUAUCUAUCACCAACUUCACUACGCAACCGUUCCGAGAGAUAUAAUGGGUUUGGGGAGCCUGUCUAUCUAUCUAUCUAUCUAUCUAUCUAUCUAUCUAUCUAUCUAUCUAUCUAUCUAUCUAUCUUGUCACAGUCUUUCAUUCAUUCUUUCUUACUCAGUCCAUCUUUCUUUCUUUCUUUCUUUCUUAUUUCUAUCUAUCUAUCUAUCUAUCUAUCUAUCUAUCUAUCUAUCUAUCACCAACUUCACUACGCAACCGUUCCGAAAGUUAUGGUGGGUUUGGGGAGCUUAUCUAUCUAUCUAUCUAUCUAUCUAUCUAUCUAUCUAUCUAUCUAUCUUGUCACAGUCUUUCAUUCAUUCUUUCUUACUCAGUCCAUCUUUCUUUCUUUCUUAUUUCUAUCUAUCUAUCUAUCUAUCUAUCUAUCUAUCUAUCUAUCUAUCUAUCUAUCUAUCUAUCUCAACCUUGCCACAGUCUUUCAUUCUUUCUUUCUUAAUUCAUUUUUCUUUCUUUCUUUCUUUCUUUCUUUCUCAGUCUGUUCAUAUCUAUCUAUCUAUCUAUCUAUCUAUCUAUCUAUCUAAGUCAAACAUGACACACUCUUUCUUUCUUUCUUUCUUACUCAGCUCAUCUUACUUUCUUUCUUUCUUUCUCUCUCUUGUCAGAAUGUUUCAUUUGUUCUUUUUUUUAACCACUUCAUCUCUCUCUCUUUCUCUAUCUAUCUAUCUAUCUAUCUAUCUCAGUAUGUUUCUUACUAUCUAUCUAUCUAUCUAUCUAUCUAUCUAUCUAUCUAUCUAUCUAUCUAUCUCAACCAUCUAA